CGAACCUCCCUCGCAAAGACAGUCUCCGCCCCACAAUGCACCGCGGCGGGCAGCCUUUGAAAAAGCGGCGCGGCUCGUUCAAGAUGGCGGAGCUCGACCAGUUGCCUGACGAGAGCUCUUCAGCAAAAGCUCUUGUCAGUUUAAAAGAGGGAAGCUUAUCUAACACAUGGAAUGAAAAGUACAGUUCUUUACAGAAAACCCCUGUUUGGAAAGGCAGGAAUACAAGCCCUGCUGUUGAAAUGCCUUUUAGAAAUUCAAAGCGAAGUCGACUCUUUUCUGAUGAAGAGGACAGACAAAUAAAUACAAAGUCACCUAAAAGAAACCAGAGAGUUGCAAUGGUUCCACAGAAAUUUACACCAACAAUGUCAACACCAGAUAAGAAAGCUUCACAGAAGAUUGGUUUUCGAUUACGGAACCUACUCAAGCUUCCGAAAGCACAUAAAUGGUGCAUAUAUGAGUGGUUCUAUUCAAAUAUAGAUAAACCACUUUUUGAAGGUGAUAAUGAUUUCUGUGUAUGUCUAAAGGAAUCUUUUCCUAAUUUGAAAACAAGAAAGUUAACAAGAGUGGAAUGGGGAAAAAUCAGACGACUUAUGGGAAAACCACGGAGAUGUUCUUCUGCAUUUUUUGAGGAAGACAGAUCAGAAGAGAGAUCAGCAUUAAAACAGAAACGGCAGAAAAUAAGGCUCUUACAACAAAGGAAAGUUGCAGAUGUUUCACAAUUCAAAGAUCUCCCCGAUGAAAUUCCUUUACCUCUGGUUAUUGGAACCAAAGUUACAGCACGACUGCGUGGUGUACAUGAUGGUCUGUUCACAGGACAGAUAGAUGCUGUGGAUACUUUUAAUGCUACUUAUAGAGUGACUUUUGAUAGGACAGGGCUUGGAACUCAUACCAUCCCUGACUAUGAAGUUCUUAGUAAUGAGCCUCAUGAAACUAUGCCCAUCGCUGCUUUUGGACAGAAACAGCGGCCUUCUCGGUUUUUUAUGACCCCACCACGGUUACAUUAUACUCCUCCUCUCCAGUCUCCAGUUACAGACAGUGAUCCUUUAUUAGGGCAAUCACCUUGGAGAAGUAAAAUUUCUGGCUCUGACACUGAAACACUAGGUGGUUUUCCAGUAGAAUUCCUUAUUCAAGUGACUAAAUUAUCAAAAAUUCUCAUGAUUAAAAAGGAACAUAUCAAGAAAUUAAGGGAAAUGAACACAGAAGCAGAAAAACUGAAAUCAUAUUCCAUGCCCAUUGGCAUUGAGUUUCAGCGGAGAUAUGCAACAAUUGUUCUAGAGCUUGAACAGCUGAAUAAGGACCUAAACAAAGUUUUGCAUAAAGUUCAACAGUACUGUUAUGAGCUGGCUCCAGAUCAGGGGCUGCAGCCAGCCGAUCAGCCCACAGACCUACGGCGGCGCUGUGAGGAAGAGGCACAGGAGAUUGUCCGGCUCGCAAACUCCUCAGCCGGACAGCUCUGUGUUGAAAAUGAAAACCUUACAGAUUUAAUCUCCAGACUUACGGCUAUCCUACUGCAAAUUAAGUGUCUAGCAGAGGGAGGAGACCUGAAUUCCUUUGAGUUCAAAUCGCUUACAGACUCAUUAAAUGAUAUCAAGAGUACAAUAGAUGCUUCUAAUAUCAGGUAA